GGGGUUUUUAGUCUAGUUCAUUUCUGUCACUAUUCCUUCCAUUUGACUGGAAUAGCGGAAUGUAUUAAUUUUUUUAUUUUUUCAAAAAAUUUGAUCUAAUAUUCAAAAUUCACUUCAGCCAUAAAUUACAAUUGUUGGAAUUUUCAAAGGUGCAUCUUCCGAAUAAUUUCUGUUAAUAUGACGAGCAGCAGGGAUCCUUUACGUAACACAGUAUUACGUUAUGCAGGCUAUGCUGGGGUCGUCGCAGAACUAUUUGUUUGCACUUUCUCCCGAAGGACGCUUAGAAUUUCCCAACAUGUAACUACGGGCUACAUAUUAGCCGAUGUAGCAACGAAAACAGUUGAAAACUUUGAGACUUGUCAGCAGAAGAGCAGAUCUGUUUGGACUCUCGUCGACACACUUCUGUGGCAGUCAAUGGCUACCUUGCUGAUUCCAGGUUUUGCUGCACCACGCAUAAAUAACCUUCUGGCCAAAUUGUUGAAAGGUAAAAGUUCGGACCAUAUACCACCCAUUGUUGCUGCGGCCUCUCUCCUUGUUUUGUCAAAACCUAUCGAUUCUGCAGUUGACCAGCUGUUGGACAAUACAUUGAGAAAGUCCGAAUAAAGUACAUGUGGCUGGUUCUAGGCGCUUACGAUUUUUAUCGAUAGUUAUAUUAUUUGUGACAUUUAAGAUUCAAAAAACAUAAAGCUGCAAAAACAUGUUGUAUAUAAUUAAAAGUAAACACGGGCAUUUUGUUUGUAAAUUAGUUGUAGAUAAAUUUAGUGCAAAUAAAAAUAUGGUUCUAUCUUUAAAAAAUAA